GGAACAUUCAAGGCCUGGAGCUAUGUCUCUCAUAUUCGAAGCCUCUGGCUAUUCGCCAAUAAUCGUUUCGAUCCUCUGUCUCGUCUUUCCCUUCUUGGGUGUCUAUCUUUAUGCUCGAGUUUAUUAUUAUCGCUUUAAACAGCAUGCAUCCUGGCCACAGCCACAGCCUUCCCUUCUCUGGGGUCACAUGAAAGUAAUGCAUCAGGCUAUUCAAGAGUGUCCUCCAGGUGCACAUAGUGGUAUGUCAGAUAAUACUCCCAUUGGUUCAGACGAAACGCUAAUCUAAGCCAAACAGACGCCGCACUCGCAAGGAUCUGGGAGAAAUUGGGAAAGCCGUCCGCAUUCAUAUUGGAUCUUCGGCCAGCUGAACGCGUCUUAUGCGUGAUAGCCAAUCAUGAAGUUGCCGAGCAUUGCGUUCAACCGUCAAAGCAAUUUCCAUAUGGGAUGGGGAAAUCGCCGACCAUGCAGCGCUUUACAGAGAUACUUGGUGAAGGUGCAAUCAUUACGCGCGAGGAAAUGGAGUGGAAGAUGCUUCGUAAAAGGUUCAAUCCUGGGUUUGCCUUUCCUCAUCUCAUCGGCUUGCUGCCGGUUAUACUGGACAGAGUCUGGAGAUUUAUGGACAAUCUCGACCGCCACGCUCAGUCUGGCGAAGAACUCAAAUUCGGGAAUCUGUGCAAUUCUGUCACAUACGAAAUCAUAUGUGCGGUGACUUUGGGGGUCGAUCUGAACAAUGAGUUAGAUAUGGCCAGACAAAGCGAAAUAGGACAUCUUUACUGGAAGCUUCUGUCAAGUUACAAUCAGGAUGAUGACUCCAUUUUUUGGGUUAGUCCACGGGUCAAACGGCAUCGGCAAGCCCUUUCUGCAGAACUGAAUCCUCUGAUCAAAACAUAUAUCGAAGAGAAAUUCUUCGACUCCCACGGCAACCCUCUGACCAGUGAGACGGAUAGGAUUUCAAAUACCAUCGUCGGACUCAGCCUGCGAGGAACCGAGAGGUUAACGUCUGACAUCUUAGAGUCGACAUGUGACCAAGUCAAGGUUUUCCUCUUCGCAGGACAAGAUACCACGAGUACCUUACUGCAAUGGGCGACGUACGAACUGAGCCGUACUCCACAUGCCCUCCGGGCUCUGAACGCAGAGCUCGACAAAAUCUUCGGGUCCGAUGCUGGUCCUGAUACCAUCCGCCAGAAGCUGAUGUCUCAAGGUGCCAUUGCCCUUGGACAAAUGUCGUAUCUUUCUGCAAUCAUCAAAGAGACGCUCCGGCUGCAUCCACCAGGUGCAACUGCACGGAUGGCCGCUCCCGGAUCCGCGGAAUUUGUUCGACUAGCGGAUGGUCAAGAGCAUUGCAUUGACGGCAUCAUCAUGUAUAACUGCCUUUCUCUGAUCCAACGCGAUCCUCUCAUCUAUGGUGAAUCCAGUGACGAUUUCGUACCAGAGCGCUGGUUGAACAAGGGAGAAACGGGCUCCUUUCCACCCACUGCUUGGCGUCCAUUUGAGCGUGGCCCCAGGAGUUGUAUUGGUCAAGAGUUGGCUAAUAUUGAAGCGCGUGUCAUCUUAGCCUGCAUCGUGCGACGAUAUGAUUUCUCUAAAGUAGGCCUUGGGGUGACUGAUUAUGCGCGAAAUGGUGAGCCGGUUUUGGACUGCAACGGACAGUACAAGGUGCUCUCUGAGCUUUAUGAUGUGGGUUUCGAUGAUUCGCCUGAUAUUUUGAUUCUGUAGAUGCUAACAGAGUGCACAACAGACCCGAGAGAUAACUCUAAAACCGGUAGAUGGAAUGAGAAUGCGGGUCAAAUUCAAGCCGAAAGUAUGCGUGGCAUCUGCUUAGUGCUGGCUGAAUCGCGAUUCGGAUCGAUACACAAGUUCAUUUAGAGAGAAGCUACCUUGAGCCAAAGCAUAUUAGACUAGUUCGAUACUCACUUAGUUCUCCAUGCAUGUAUUUAAAUCCUAGAUGAUCAGAGGUAACGGCAG